ACUGCUCGCUGUCACAUCUUGUUUAUUAUGUGCGAGUCGUAAACCCAAAGAGAAAAAUAUGUUAAAUUGAGUUAAAUUGGGUUAAUUUGGACAAGCAACAGAGCUGGAAAGAAUGUGAAUGGUUUGGCAGGCAGAAGCGUAGCCAGAAGACAAGAUGCCCUCCUCGCAGAUCUUUGCCAUCAACAACCAAGGUCGUGUGUACAGCCUCUCAACGGACCAGUCUGUGUGGAGAGAACUCCCCUACCUGGGCGUUGAGUUCAAGAGGGUUUCGGCUCAUGAGACGGUUAUCUGGGCACUUGGGGGAGACCACCAGGUGUAUGUGUAUGUGUAUGGCUCAUCCGUCCCAAUACGUGUGUGUGAGGAGGCGUAUGAAAAUCAGCGCUGGAACCCCAUUGAAGGCUUUAGUGGAGUUUUGCUGCCCUCGGAUCGUCCCUCCUUUUCGAGUGAAGAUGGCCUCACCGACCGAAAGAUGGCAGGCAUCACCCUCCCCACUCUUGCUUGGUCGUGGGAGUCACCGUGGCAUCUCCAUCAUACCCAUGAGGGACAGGCUCUUGACAAGGAGGGGUGGACUUAUGCUGUAGACUUCCCAAGAACGUACACAGCGGAAAAGAAAUGGAAUUCUUGUGUGAGGCGAAGGAAGUGGGUGCGAUAUAGAAGAUAUGUUGCCCUAGACACAUGGUCUGCUGUGCCUCCUAUACAUCAAGAUCAUACUAAAGAACCCUUCAUUGACAUUAAUGUCGGGGGAGGAGAGGUGGCUGGCGAAGACCCAGACAAGCUCAUGGUGUGGGGUGUUACUGUCUUUGGUCGGGUUAUGGUUCGUAGUGGUGUUGAUGGCACUUGUCCUGAGGGUUGCAGUUGGCAACACAUCCCAACACCACCAGAAAGGGAUGUGACAACUGUAGGAAUAGGACGUUCAGGGAGAGUGUGGUCUGUAACCUGGGAUGGCACCAUCCUCGUGAGGACUGGAGUGACAAGGGAUGCGCCCACAGGUGUUGAUUGGAUUGUUGUUGAGCCUCCAAAUGGCAGUCCUCUGCAGCAGGUGGCAGUUGGAAUGAAGUCAGUGUGGGCCUUGACAAGAGACCAUAAGGUCUGGUUCCGGAGAGGACUCCAAGCAUCAAAGGAAGCUGCUUCAGAGCAUAACAGAUUAGGCAAUGGAACUAGUCAGUCCAAGGCAGACACAGGAAUGACUGGCAGUAGCUGGCUGAAGAUGGUGGGCAUGCUCAACAUGAUUUCUGUUGGCCCAAAUGACCAGGUCUGGGGCAUUGGUAGUGAAGACUACAAUUUGCUCAUACGAACAGGCAUCACAGAAACAGAGCUCACAGGACGAACUUGGAGGCCCAUUUGUCUCCCAAUUGACCUGUCAGUGACCCCAGAGCCAACCCCUAGUCCCAGCCCUGCACCUAGUCCAGGACCCUUAUCCAAGUUAACUUCAGAAAGUGAGAGUAACACACCAGUUGACGGGGGAUUGAAGAAAUUAGAAUCUCAGUGUGAUGGUGAAAGUCUACUUAGUAUACAGACUUCAGAUGGAGAAGACCUUCAAAGCAUGGCAACAGCUAUGAACAAUCUGAAGCUACUGGACAAUUCUGCUUCUCCUCCAAGUGAAGCAGUAUCAACAGGGGAUGAAUCAGAGAACAAGAAUAAAAGUGGCUUACCAAACUUACAGCUGAAGCCAAAGGAGAAAGAUGAGGCAAAUGUCACCGGAGCUGGGGAGAAGAAUGAAACUUCUCCGGGUCAUGAUAGCCGAGACUCGAGCAUCAAAAUACGCUACCCAGAAGAUUACCCAAGUUCACUUAGCUCCUCUGUUGUGUCUGACCCAGGUGGGGAAUUCAUUAGCAGUUUUCAUGCCAGCGAGAGCAGCCCAGUGGCCAAUGGGAUCAUUGCCGUGAGUGAAGAAGGUAAUAAGACGAAUAUGAGCAAAGGACAGUUAGUGGAAGGGGAAGUUCAGGGAGUGCCAGAAGAGGAUAACCAGUUGACAAAAAGUGAUAGAGCAGAAGAACAAACACAUGACGGUCCACCAUCACUGCAGCACUCGAGUGGGGAGUGGAGUGAGUCGCGCCUUCGCCACGUGAGCAGCAGUAGCGCAGGCAGUGAAGUUGGCCUUGGACGGGGUGCUCUGGUUGUAACCAGGGAAGAGAAGCCAGACUACAAUGUGAUACCCUUUCAAGCUGAACACCUGUGGCUAUGGAUAUCUGGCGGAGGGUGCUGGGUGAGCGCCAAUAACAUGCCGCGUUGGUUCAUGAGCGAGGGAUCUCCCAUCAUGACAUCUGAACCUUGGAGAGCCGAGGUGCUGCAGAAGCUUCAUUGGCGUCAUGAGAAGGAAAUCAAACCUUUCGAAGGGUAUGAAGAGGCUGUGGAGGGGUCUUCUUGGGUCAUCACGGGGCAGUGCCGCUGGUGGGCUGGGGGCCAGUUGGUGCCAGCGACCUUGGAGCUGACCAUGGUGGGCUCUCGCAGGUCACAGGUUCAGGAUGCCACACUUGUGGUGCACUAUAAUCUGGGCUCUGCAAAGACGGUCGAGAUAUCAUGCUGCGCAAUAUUGAUGAGUGUUAUGUCGGUUGAGCCUGGAACAGCCAAGUCUGUCGUUGGGAUAUAUCAUCCUUCUGAGCCACUCCACCCAAAGGCGCUUGUCUUUUCAGCCGAAACGGAUGCCGAAGACUGGUUGAACCACAUCUCAAAUGCCUGUAACCAGUUCCGAGGUCUAACAGGAAGGCCCUCCUCAUACACUGUGUGGGCAGUGACAACCAGAGGUGAUGUCUACCUUCAUGACUGCUCUGUCACGGAAGAGGAGCUUCGGGCUGAAUCAGUGGCUGCCCACAAGCACCUAUCAUUUGGAUCAGGAGCUACUCCAAUAACCCUUCUAUUGGACCGUGGCUUUAGGCCAGGCUGCUUCAUCUCAGUGUCGGGCAAGAUUCAUGAUAAGAAAGCUGACCAAUUCCAUAUAAAUCUGCAGACAUCGAGGGGAACAGAUGCUAAUAUUGCUCUCCAUUUAAAUCCACGAUUUUCAGAAAAUGCAGCUGUACUGAAUACCAAGAAGAAAGGACAUUGGGGACGGGAAGAGAAGGCAGACUUGUCCACCAUGACUCCAGGAGCUCACUGUGAGAUAUCCAUUGUGUGCGAUGACAAGGACUUCAAGAUCUCUGUCAAUGACAAAUUUUGGUAUAGCUUCAACCAUCGCCUGUCAGCAGCUGACAUCACUCAUGUUGUCAUUCGAGGAAGCAUCACAGUGGAUUCUGUGACAUACAAUCAUGGGGCUGGUGAACGACAGCUGAAUGAGUGGUACUGGCGUGGCUUGGGCGGACACUGCCUGCGAGUCGAGAGUGGAGCUGGAGGUGUGACGUGGGCCAUCUCCCACGACUACCAUGUCUACACUUACACUGGGGCUACUGGUGGGGGGCUCUACAAGGGGAGCAGCAAUGAUUCUGGUGUGAACAUUAUGAGCGAUGUCCGCCACAUGUAUGUCUGGGAGAACCAGCGCUGGAAUCCAGUGACUGGCUUCACUCACCGCGGCCUCCCAACAGACCGGCACACCUGGAGUGAUCAGACCGGACGGCACCACAAAACACGAGAAGGAACCAAGUUGCCGUCACGUCAUUGGUCUUGGAUGAGUGAAUGGUGUGUCGACUACCACACUCCUGGUGGGGUUGAUCGUGAGGGCUGGCAGUAUGCCACGGAUUUCCCGCUCAGCUACCACGGCCACCGAUACAUGACUGACCUUGUGCGGAGAAGGCGCUGGGUUAGGAAGUGCCGCAUAUCAACCUCUGGGCCCUGGCAACAGAUGGAGAAAGUGGCACUUGUUAAUCUGUCUGUUUCGCCUGAGUACGGAGCCAACGGCACAGUGCCAGUGUGGGGGGUGAGUGUGACGGGAGAGGUGGUCUAUCGGCACGGCGUGACACCCAGCAGACCGGAAGGGGAGAAGUGGAGCCUAAUCCCUGCCGAGUGUCCCAUGUGUUAUGUUUGUGCAACUGUCGACAGCUGUGGGAUGUGGGCCAUUAGUAAGGAUGGCCGAGCACAUCUGAGGAUCGGGAUUAAUAAGAAAAAUCCACAGGGCCGACAGUGGGUGAACGUUGACGCCCCGAAGCAGCCACUGAUGGAGAUUGGUGCAGGGGCUGGAAUAGUGUGGGGCCUGGAGCGUGGUGGCGGACUGUACCGCAGGACGAAUGUGCUCCCCCUUUUUCCGGAAGGUACGAGCUGGGAGUGGGUGUGCGGUAAUGUGGCCAGUAUUAGCGUUGGGGCUGAUGGGACGCUCUGGGCCGUGCUGGAUUCCUUUGAAAGUGAGAAGGGCCCAGUCCAGGGGGUCAUUGCCAGGAGAGUGGGCGUGUCGCAUGACUGUCCUGUUGGUACGGGCUGGGAGCACACACUGGGAACGGGCUGGAGCCACGUCUGCGCUCGCGUCCCACUUCCCUUAUGACAGAAAGUGUGAAGAGGGAGGAACUUUGUUGCAUUUUAUGGUGAUGAGAGUUGCCAAAGUAGUAAAGAAUAUAUGAAGAAGAAGUACUUGCUAGCAGUGUCUAGUGAAGUAAAUUCUAGAUUAUUAGGAGUGUGUCAAGAGGAAGGGACUUACAUGUCUUCAAGGUGUUUGCCAAGUAUUAGGUCCCUUGAGCUGUUUAGAAUUUCUUGAUUCUUGAAUAUAGUUAUUGGAAGCUCAUUUUCAGAGAGGUUUUAAGUAUAGACAUGAUCACUGUUUUAUUUAUUAGUAUAAAGUAGUGUUUGAAGUUUAUUAUUACAUGCUCAUAUUGUAGAGACAAUAUUUAAGUGACUUUUUUUUAUGCAGUUGUUUAAUAUCACUGACUGUAUUCUUUUAUAGAAUGUAUACAAUCUUUUAUACAAAUCUUCUGUUUGGUUAUACAAUAUUUCUUUUAAUGUUCCAACUUGUGGUCUUCUAACCCAUUGGAUUUUUAAAACUUGAGAUUUUACAGAGCCAACCAUACACAUCAGGUAAUGAAAUGCAAACCUUGGACAAAUGUUACUAAAUUUUUACUGUGAUUUUUUUCCUCCAUUUUAUUAUGUAGUCAAAACUGUGAUAGAUAAUUUUUAGAAUCUUCCCCUUUGCUUUUACACACAUUUUCAUCCUUUUUUGAUGUAAAAGAAAUUGUGGAAAAAUAGCACAUGGCUGA